CAAAGACGCAAUUCGCUGACGUCACUUCCGUAUUUUUGCCAAAAUGGCGGAGGAGCAUUUAAAAAUAUUCCGAGCUGCCAACGUUGAAUUCGAAAAACAGAACUUCAAACGGGCAGAGGAGCUUUACAGCAUAUUUAUUCCAUCCUGCGCACAGUCCAGGGAACGUGACGCCGCUUAUUUGGCGACCGCUUACAACAACCGCGGACAAAUGAAGUAUUUUAGAGUGGACUUUAACGAUGCUGUGGAGGAUUACACCGCAGCAAUACAGGCUGACGGACAGUUUGAAGUACCCUUCUACAACAGAGGACUAAUACACUAUAGAUUAGGUUUCUUUGACAGCGCCAUUCGGGACUUCCAGCAAGCUUUAAAGCUCAAAGAAGAUUUCGAGGAUGCCAAAGUCGGCCUUCAACGCACGCUCCUGGACCAACAGAACAAAAUAAACCGAGGAUAUUGACAUCUGUGUGCGAAACUGCAGUCUAAAUGUAUCUGGCAGGGAAAUUUGUAAGCCUUCACACGCCGCUUGUGUAGGUAAACACAUCCGUCAUCUUAUUAGGUAGGAGACUAUCCCAGUCGACAGGUCAUCAGUCAAUCACAGAGCACGUAUAAAUACAAACACAAUUCUAGAGCAUUUAUAUCAGGGGUGUCAAACUCAUUUUAGAUCGGGGGGCCACGCGGAGAAAAAACUACCAGACUGGUAAAAUCACAGCACGAUAACUUAAAAAUAAAGACAACUUCAAAUUGUUUUUUUUGUUGUUUAAAAAUAGAACAAGCACAUUCUAAUAAUGUACAAAUUAUAAUGUUGUUGUUUUUUUUUUUUUACACUUACUGUGUUUAUUUGUUGUUAUUUAUAUUUUCUGAAUAAAUGAUGUGAUAAUGUUCACCAGUCAACUCAUUGGUGUUAAUUUUCAAUCUAUCAAGAAAAAAAUAAAAAUAUCAAAAUCAAAUUACAGGAUGUUAUUUAUGUAGUUUGCUCAUUUUCCUCAACUGGUGCACUAACGUUUUUUUUUGUUUUUUUUUUACAUAUGUAGCAUCAUCUACAAAGAUACAAAGAAUUGCUAUUGCGACAUCUAGUGGACACAUUUAGAACAGCUUUCAACUUGCAAAACAGCCGUAUGUUUGACACUCCUGAUUUAGAGGCUAAUAUUCACCUACUAUAAAGUACAGGCCAAAAGUUUGGACACACCUUCUCAUUUCAGUGCGUUUUCCUUAUUUGCAUGACUAUUUACCUUGUAGAUUGUCACUGAAGGCAUCAAAACUAUGACACCUGUGAAGCGACAACCAUUUCAGUUGACUACCUCUUGAAGCUCAUAGAGAGAAUGCCAAGAGUGGCUAUUUUGAAGAAACUAGAAUAUAAAACAUGUUUUCAGUUAUUUUACUUUUUUUCGUUAAAUACUUAACUCCACAUGUGUUCAUUCAUAGUUGUGAUGCCUUCAGUGACAAUCUACAAUGUAAAUAGUCAUGAAAAUAAAGAGAACGCAUUGAAUGAGAAGGUGUGUCCAAACUUUUGGUGUACUGUAUUUGUUUUGGGGGGAUAUAGAAGGAACCUGGACAUAUCCUUAAUGUCUUUGUAUGUGAGCCAGAUGUGAUGACGACUAGUCCACUGUGAUACAACAUAUAAUAUUUAAUAAUCUAAACAUUCAUAAUUUGGAUUUUCACAGACUGAAUGGGAAUGUGCCGAUCAAUCGGCCACCGAUUAGUAUCAGUGCAUGAUGGCCUUUGCCCAUUUAUACAUUUUAUUGCAGAUCCUCAUUGGCUGACAAGCAGCUAGCAGCUGAUUGUGUGUCUCCAUGUACAGUGUGGAGCAAUCACCUCCAUUAUCCCGUAAUAUUAUCACUGAAGGACGAGGCUGAACAUAUUACACACUGAGGAGGAGAAUAAGGAGCUGGUUUAAAUAUAGUUCUGAUGAUAAACUGCCAAUAGCACUCCACAUGGAUACAUUGAAAAAGGUACAGUUAAUACGUGGGAUUGGUAUCGGUACUGGUAUCAGCCCAUCUUACUCAAGGAUGGUAGGAAUCGGCAGCAUAAAAACCAGAAUUGAAUCGAGAAUGUCUCCCAAGUUCCAAUCUAAUUCCAUUAAUAAGAAUCAUGGUGGAAAACAGAAUGUAAGAUUGCAGUUCCAGUUAUAAUUGAAGGAGGUAAAAUUGAAAUUUCAAAUGAUAAUUAUGGUGUAUUCUAGAAUCAUACUUUACUGUAAAUUCCUUACAUUUUAUAUUUCGAUAAAAUAUUACUACUAUGAACCUCAUGUGCAUAUUUUAAUCACAGCAAAUGUUUGUUAACAAUUAUUGAAGCAUAUUCUACCAAACAGAUCAAUCGAUUUGGUGUAUUUCCAAUUAUGGAAAAUGGUGGAAAAAUACCAAAAUUGAGAGAAUUUGUGUUUAAUUUUAAUGUUUGUGUAUUUAACCAAACGUUUGUUAAACUUGAUACAUUAUACCUGUUAUUGGCUGUAAGGAAUUUAACCAAAUUGCAGUUCAUUUAAUUCCACUUCUUGUAAUUCCCAUUCAACAUCCUGUGAGGUGGAGCCAGUUUUUUAAAUUCUUUAAAAUAAAAAAAAAGAUUUUGCCAUCAAGACUGAUUAACUGGUCGAUGAUUUAACAAUAACAUUAAAGUAAUAUUUGGAAGAAAAUAUUUUAAAAAGUUGGAUUGACGUGAAAAUGUAAGAAGUUCAUCAUAUAUUAAAACAGAACCUACCCAGAAAAAAUGCUGUAUAUAAAAAGUUUAAUUAAAUUUUGGGGUGUUUAAAAAAUAAUGAAUUAAAAUAAAGAAUAAAGCCGCCUUGGCGGAGGUAUUAAGUGUCAAAGCAUGAUGACAAAAUAAGAUGUGUUACAACCAUCUGUGGAUAAAUGUCAUGAAUAAGGUGGAUCACACAAGACAUUUAAUGUUAAGUAUUUAUGUUGUGUACAAAGUGUAUUUAUAAUAUGUUGUGAAAAGGAAAUUUCAUAAUUUUUGGACGCUCAUCUUGUAUUUGACUUUGUUUAUAGUUAGGCGCAAUAAGUGUUCAACUUCAGCCUAAACCCUUUCGGUCUGCAACAUUUUUAAUUUAUGAAUGUACAACUGUUUGUUUAUGUAAAACUGUUUGUUUAUUUUGUUGACCAUUGACCAAAGAAAUAAUAAUAAUAAUGAACAAUUGUUUUUUUCUUGGCAGUAACCUUGUUUUUUUUUACAUGAACAGCAAUGAACAUAAUAAAUACAAAACAAAUGUAAAUAACAAAAACAGCACCCAUGUGUUUGCCUUUUGUACGUUCCUAAAAGGAUUGAGAGGAAAUAUGAAUAAUUUCAUAUUUUUUAAUAAUAUUGAUCAUCAUCCAUCAUUUAUUUUUAUUCCUUUCAUGAACAUGCAUGUAUACACUGCAAAAAGUCAGUGUUCAAAAACAUGAAAAAAAUAAAUAAAAAUGAGGGGUAUUUUAUUUGAACUAAGCAAAAUUAUCUGCCAAUAGAACAAGAAAAUUCGGCUUGUCAAGACUUUCCAAAACAAGUAAAAUUAGCUUACCUCAAUGAACCCAAAAAUACCUUAAAAUAAGUAUAUUCUCACUAAUAACAAGUGCACUUUUCU